AUGUUGUGGGUAGACAAGUACCGCCCGACGUCGCUCUCGGAAUUGGACUAUCAUCCAGAGGUGGCGAAGCGUUUGUCUAAUCUAUCGAGGUGUUCUGACUUGCCACAUCUGCUCGUAUAUGGACCGUCAGGCGCCGGCAAAAAGACGCGCAUCAUGGCGCUGCUGCGUGCGCUUUACGGAGACGGUGCCUUGAAGGUUCGACUGGAGCACAAGUCAUUUAAAGUGCCAAAUCGCAGUACUAAAGUGGAGAUUACGACGGUGGCUAGUAACUUCCAUAUUGAAAUGAAUCCGUCAGAUGUGGGGAACAGUGAUCGUCUUGUGGUGCAAGAAGUGCUAAAGGAGAUCGCACAGUAUCAUUUAGCCGACACAAAUGCUCAGAGGCCUUUCAAAAUUGUAUUGCUUAUGGAGGUUGACAGACUUAGCAAAAAUGCACAACAUGCGUUACGUCGUACCAUGGAAAAGUAUACAGCCACCUGUCGUCUUAUCUUAUGCUGCACAAAUCCUAGUAAAGUGAUUGACCCGCUGCGCAGUCGUUGUCUCGGUGUGAGAGUUGGUGCUCCGACGACUGACGACAUCUGCAACAUUCUCCAUAAUGUCUGCACCAAAGAGGGUCUCGACUAUUGCGCUCCACUAGGAAAGGAGAUUGCGCUUAAGAGUGAACGGAACCUUAGACGUGCGCUACUUAUGCUUGAGACUUGUCGAGUGCAAAACUAUCCAUUUUCGCCAGAUCAACAGAUCCAACUUCCUGCGUGGGAAGAAUAUAUUUGUAGUCUGGCCAAAGUGGUGCUGCAGGAGCAGUCGCCUGCUGGCUUGUUAAAGGCACGCGAAAUGAUUUACGAGCUCAUUUCGAAUUGCGUGCCAUCCGAAGUGAUUCUCAAGGUACUGUGUCGCGAGCUCAUGAGUCGUUUGGAUGACGAUCUCAAGCACGAACUUGUGCAGUGGGCAUCGUACUAUGAGCACCGCAUGCAGCGUGGGUCGAAAGAUAUAUUUCACUUCGAGGCCUUCUUGGCCAAAUUUAUGACGCUUUACAAGAAGUUCCUGCUGGAUCUGUACAUGUAA